AUGAGCCCGGUACAGAUCACCCAGCUACGAAAUCUGAGAGUUUGGCAUUUUGCCGUGGGCUUCAACCUUUUUUCUGGUGACGACGAUUCCCAGUCGGAUGCACCCGAGGGAGGCCGGGGAGACAUGAGCCGCACCAGCGACAACGACGACGACGAUGACGAUGCAGCGGCAGAAGGUGUCCGAUACUUUCAUCUCGGUGCGGUCCUUGGACUGUUUCCGGGCCUGCAGCUUGACCUCCUUAGAGUACACUCCGGAGUUAGUGGAGGCCCUUACACGGAUAUACACACUUCGCAGUGCUUCAAGUCUCUUCUUGAGGCGGAUGGCUACCGACGGCUGUGGAUGGAUGCGACGACGGGCGACUCGGAUCCAUGGGAUGACAUAUUAUCCUUGGAAACAUGGCGCGAUAAUAUCAUCACUCGGUUUCGCCCAUACUCGCGUUGGAGAGUCCGGCUCAGUGUGCCUUCCUACGCAGACUAUCUAGUGGAUGGAUUACGGCAAAGCAAAGAAUGGGAGAGUCUUCAGGCCGGAAGAAUUGAUCUGCUAGUGAACGAGGACAGCGAUGAGGAUGACAGCGACAGUGAUCUUGACACUGACUGCGAAGAUACUGUGGACAUUGUGAUUGACCGAGGUGAUGCGGACGUUGCGGUCAAGCGAGAUGACUCUCCGGCAUUGAGAUGCAUUUACCCCCGCCGCAGUGGUUCAAGUCCGAUGUUCUUCAAGGAAGCAUCGGACGCUCUCCGGAAGCUGUUUCAGGAAAACAGCUGGGAGGCUAUCAAAGUCAUGGAUGGAUUCUACGAUGGUGCUGCUGAUUCUGAUUCUGAGGGAGGUACGGUAUAUGAAGAUUACUGGUGGUAG